AUGUCUGAUCGUUGUCUGCUUCGUGGAUUGAAUCAUAUCAGUGGUGUUAACAAACACUCGCGGGCAUCUCUUGGUAAACGAUGUUUGCAAACAAAGGAAAAGCCUUUGACUCCUUCAUCAGGAGAUGUAGAGACUCCAUCUAUCCAGCCAUUUUCUCUAAGUGAUCAGACGAAGAGCGAAGUGAAACAUCAUUCAAGUUUGGCCAAUUAUUGGUGGAAUCCUUUGGGCCCUUUAAAAGGUCUACACACCUUGAACAAACUAAGAGUCCCCUUUAUAUGUGAGGGUUUAAAGGCCCAGCAUAAGAUAUCAUCUGAAGCGUUGAAUACACCGCAACCUUUAAAAAAUCAAAACAUUUUGGAAAUAGGUUGCGGUGGAGGAAUUCUAACAGAAAAUUUGGCCCAAAUAGGUGCUACUGUAACAGCCUUGGAUUUAAGUGAAGAACUGAUUACUUUGGCUCGACAGCACCUAUCGUUGCAGCAAAACCAUCAACUGGUCAAUCGAGUUAAUUACAAAAUUGAACCCAUAGAACUUCAUGCUAACUAUAGAAAAGAUUAUUAUGAUGCUGUAGUUAUUUCGGAAGUAUUGGAGCAUGUAGACGAUAAACUCGGAUUUCUGACGGCAAGUGUAGAAACUUUGAAGCCAGGAGGGUCCAUGUUUAUAACUACUCUAAACAAAACUAUCUCGAUGUGGAUUGUUGGGGUUUUAAUUGGUGAAUAUAUUCUGCGCAUGAUUCCAAUUGGCACUCAUCAUUAUGGAAAAAUGAUAUCACCUGAGCAAGUUGAACACAUCUUAAAUGCAAUGAAUUGUGAUACUAUACUCGUGAAAGGCAGUUCAUAUAAUUUUUUCCAUAACUCUUGGAGAUGGACCAAAUCCACGACACUGUUUUAUGCCCUGCAUGCCAUAAAGAAUUAAGCUCUUGCCAAUCUUAAUAAAGUGGAAUAUGGGAAACCAACUGGUUGUGGUAAUACAAGUAAUAUCGAUGUUCCUUUAAAAGAUAUUUUGGGUUUAUUAUUGUCUUAACAUAUUUAAAUGCAAAGCUAAUAAGGAAAGGCCAAAGUCAGAGAGAACAAAUUAUAUACAUAAUACCCUACACUACGAAAUGUACUUACUAUUGCUUUAAUUAAAUGAAUCUAUGUUGUAUCCUUCACAGAAAAAAUAUUG